UCUCUCUCUCUCUCUAAAAUCUUUUUUGUUUUUAAGUUUUCUCUCUCAAAUCUCUCUCCACCCAAAAUCUCCCGAAAAUCUUUUACAUUUUUGCUCUUCCUCGGUAAAGGAGAAUCGAAGCGUAGAAAAAACAGCUAUUUUCCGUUCCAGGUUCGUCGUGGAAUAUCGGCAAAAACUCAGUUGAGGGCUGCAGGCACAAUCUAUUACCAAUCUAUAAUUGUGUCUGGGAAGUUUACAUGCUAUAAAUUUUGUGUUUAGAUAAUUGGUAUUAAGCUUGAAGGUUGUUGCAUUCACUGAUCAAAAACUGGACAAGUUUUCUGCUUGGGUCAAAAAAUGCUGAAUUACAGUAUUUCUGAUCCUGGAUGGGUGGAAGGUCAUAUGGAGUUUGAUAGCUUUUCUUAUUGCUCCCCACUUGUUUAGAUAAAGAAGGUUUAUGGCAACUUCAAAUGAGAGGUGGAUUGACAGUCUGCAGUUUUCCUCAUUGUUUUGGCCACCUCCACAAGAUGUGAAGCAACGGAAGGCUCAAAUUGCUGCUUAUGUUGAGUUCUUUGGCCAAUUCACCUCAGAACAAUUUCCUGACGAUAUAGCAGAGCUGAUUCGUAACCGAUAUCCGUCCAAUGAGAACAGACUUUUUGAUGAUGUUUUGGCAACAUUCGUUCUUCACCAUCCAGAGCAUGGUCAUGCUGUUAUUCUUCCCAUUAUUUCGUGCAUUAUUGAUGGUUCACUGGAAUAUGAUAGAAGUGGUCCUCCAUUUGCUUCUUUCAUUUCACUGGUUUGCCCCAACAGCGAGAUGGAGUACACUGAGCAGUGGGCCCUUGCAUGUGGGGAGAUAUUAAGAAUAUUGACUCACUACAACAGACCAAUUUACAGAAGAGAACUUCUGGAACCAUCUGAAAAAGAAGCAGAUAGAAGUAGCAGUGGAACCCAUGCUUCAACUAGCAGGUCAAAAGAUGGAGAACCUUCUUUGCCUCCUACACAGCUGGAGAGAAAACCACUUAGGCCAUUGUCUCCAUGGAUUACUGAUAUAUUGCUUGCAGCACCUCUUGCUAUAAGGAGUGAUUAUUUUCGCUGGUGUGGAGGUGUAAUGGGAAAAUAUGCAGCUGGCCAACUCAAACCACCUUCAACUGCUACUUCUCGUGGAUCUGGAAAGCAUCCUCAGCUUAUGCCAUCAACUCCAAGGUGGGCUGUUGCUAAUGGUGCUGGAGUUAUACUUAGUGUUUGUGACGAGGAAGUAGCUCGUUAUGAGACUGCUACGCUAACAGCUGCUGCUGUCCCCGCGCUUCUGCUUCCUCCACCAACCACACCUAUGGAUGAACAUCUAGUGGCGGGUCUACCAGCUCUUGAGCCAUACGCACGCCUGUUUCAUCGCUAUUAUGCAAUUGCAAGUCCAAGUGCCACCCAACGGCUGCUUCUUGGACUACUGGAAGCCCCACCCUCCUGGGCUCCUGAUGCACUUGAUGCUGCUGUGCAACUAGUGGAACUCCUUAGAGCCGCAGAAGACUAUGCCUCAGGCAUGAGGCUUCCAAGAAAUUGGAUGCACUUGCAUUUCUUGCGUGCAAUAGGGAUUGCCAUGUCCAUGAGAGCUGGAAUUGCUGCAGAUGCAGCAGCUGCUUUGCUUUUUCGAAUACUUUCCCAACCAGCUUUACUUUUUCCUCCUCUGAGACAAGUUGAUGGUAUAGAAGUUCAACUUGAACCUCUAGGAGGGUACAUAUCAUCCGGACGAAAGCAGCAACGGGAACUGCCUGCCGCAGAAGCCACAGUAGAGGCUACUGCACAAGGGAUCGCAUCAAUGCUUUGUGCACAUGGCCCUGAGGUUGAAUGGAGAAUAUGUACAAUAUGGGAAGCUGCUUAUGGUUUGAUUCCUUUAAGUUCCUCCUCAGUGGAUCUUCCUGAAAUCAUAGUUGCAACACCUUUGCAGCCCCCUAUACUAUCAUGGAACUUAUACAUUCCUCUUCUUAAAGUUCUUGAGUAUCUUCCUCGUGGAAGUCCAUCUGAAGCCUGUCUAAUGAAGAUAUUUGUUGCUACUGUUGAAGCAAUUCUUCAGAGAACGUUUCCACCUGAGUCCUCUAGAGAACAAAUUCGAAAAACAAGAUAUGUUAUUGGGUCAGCAUCCAAGAAUCUUGCAAUUGCUGAGCUCCGCACCAUGGUCCAUUCCCUUUUCUUAGAGUCAUGUGCUUCUGUAGAGCUUGCAUCUCGCCUUCUUUUCGUAGUGUUAACUGUCUGCGUAAGCCAUGAAGCACAGCCCAAUGGCAGCAAACGACCUAAAGGUGAAGAUUCUUAUACUGAAGUAGGUGAAGCCUUAGGUGAAGCCAAUGGGAGGCAUAGAGAAUAUCCAAGUAAACAGGGGAAGAAACAGGGGCCUGUAGCAGCAUUUGACUCUUACGUUGUUGCUGCCGUUUGUGCUCUAUCCUGUGAACUUCAAAUCUUCCCUCUUGUCUCUAAACAAAGUAAUCAGUUAGACGCCAGAACUAUUUCUGGCAUUGCUAAGCCUGCAAAAGUAAAUGAACCAUCCAGUGAGUUACAGAAUGGUAUUGGCGCUGCUGUUUAUCAUAGUCGCCGAAUAUUAUCGAUUCUAGAGGCUCUUUUCUCUUUGAAGCCAUCUUCUGUUGGCACAUCCUGGAGUUAUAGUUCAAACGAAAUUGUGGCUGCUGCAAUGGUUGCAGCUCAUGUUUCUGAUCUAUUUAGACGUUCAAAGGCUUGCAUGAGGGCUCUUUCUGUCUUGAUAAGAUGCAAGUGGGACAAUGAAAUUCAUUCUAGGGCAUCUUCUCUUUUCAAUCUAAUUGAUAUUCAUCGCAAAGUGGUUGCAUCAAUAGUAAACAAGGCAGAGCCACUGGAGGCUCACCUACUGCAAGCUCCAAUAUCAAGGGAAAUCUAUUCAUGUUUUCAUGGAAAAAGACCUAAUUCAUGUGCUAGCUGUUGCUGCUCAGAAUCAAGCCAGCCAGCUUCUUUGUUGUGUGAAAAUUUGCCUGGUUCGGAAUCUUUGAUCAAUUGUGAGAAGGCUGAUUCGACUGAGGUAGAAAGCUGUACAAUGGGCAGAGGAAUUGCAAGUUUUCCAACUAAUGCUUCAGAUUUGGCCAACUUUUUGACAAUGGACAGGCAUAUAGGAUUUAAUUGCAGCGUGCAAGUUCUUCUUAGGUCCAUCCUUGCCGAAAAACAAGAAUUAUGUUUCUCAGUUGUUUCUUUGCUCUGGCACAAGUUGAUUGUAUCGCCUGAAACCCAACCUAGUGCUGAGAGUACAUCAGCCCAGCAAGGAUGGAGACAGGUGGUUGAUGCACUCUGCAAUGUAGUCUCAGCAUCACCAGCUAAAGCUGCAACAGCUGUUGUUCUUCAGGCGGACAGGGAAUUGAAGCCUUGGAUUGCUAAAGAUGAAGAUCUUGGUCAAAAGAUGUGGAGAAUCAACCAGAGAAUCGUGAAAGUUAUUGUUGAGUUAAUGAGAAACCAUGAUGCCCUGGAAUCAUUGGUAAUUCUGGCUAGCGCAUCAGACCUCCUUCUUCGUGCCACCGAUGGUAUGCUUGUUGAUGGUGAAGCAUGCACUUUACCUCAGCUGGAGUUGCUGGAAGCAACAGCUAUAGCAGUCCAACCAGUGCUUGAAUGGGGAGAGUCAGGAUUGGCAGUGGCAGAUGGCCUUUCAAACUUGUUGAAUUGUCGCCUCCCUGCUACAGUUCGUUGUGUUUCUCACCCAAGUGCUCAUGUUCGUGCUCUUAGUACAUCGGUUCUUCGUGCGAUUCUACAUGCUGGUUCAAUAAAAUCAAGUUAUAAACAAGUAGAAGUUAAUGGUGUUCAUAUUCCGCGCUAUCAAUAUGUAAAUGUAGGCAUUACUGACUGGCGAGCUGAUGUAGAGAAGUGUUUGACAUGGGAAGCACAUAGCCGACUUGCAAUGGGCCUGCCUAUUCAGUUUGUUGAUACUGCAGCAACGGAAUUAGGCUGUACUAUAUCCAUUUGAAGUUACCUACCGUAACAUCUGGCAACUUUAUUUUUCAAGCCCUGACUGUGAGUCGAUACAAGAACAGAGAGGAUACCAGUUGCCUAAAGGAUCCAGAUUGGCCUGUAAGUUCUUUAUACACCUUCCUUUUGAUGAUGAUUGAUGUUUGGUGGAAUGCGCAUAUAGCCUCCCCGAAUUCAUUGUCAUUUAGAUAAAUCAAGUAUUAAUCUUCAUUUACUCUGAAACUUCCAGCUCAAUGGCAAAUUGAUGUACCAUGAUGUUCUGAACUUUGUCAAUCUUUUUACAGCGACUCAUAUUCAAAUAGAAAUUGCCUGGUUGCUACUCA